ACGAGGCUUCUCGCGCCGCCUCGUCGCUCACGCGCAAGGCGUCGGAGGCCGGCCAGAGCGUGUACGAGAGCGCCGACAACGCAGCACACGCCGUCUCGCGGGAAGCCUCGCACCUGACGUCGUCGAUCUCGCGCACUGCCUCGCGUGCCUCCGACGAGGCCAGCCGCACGGCCUCGGCGGCCGGUGACAAGCUGUCGGAUGCCGCGUCGUACGUCUCUGACGAGGCUGCUGCCGCAAGGAACGCUCUCUCGCGCACCACAUCGGACGCCUCGUCGAAGGCAUCCGACCUUGCUGCCUCGACGUUCUACACGAUCGCGCACGCUCCCGACCCCCUCGUGCGUGCCGCCUCGUCGGCCUCGAGCAGCAUCUCCUCCGCCGCCUCGUCUGCCUCGGACAGCCUCUCGUCGGCUGCGUCGUCAGUCGAGUCGAGCACGAGCAACAUCGCACAGGCGGCAAAGGACAGCCUCUUCGGCGCGAAGGAGAAGAGCAAGCACGCCGCGGAGGAGGCGGGUGACUACAUCAAGGGCGAGCAGCGCGAGAAGCCGCUGGCAUGGAAGGUCGCCGAUGCCCGUCGCAAUGUGUAAGCCAGCAUGAUGAGUUGCAAUCGAAUACAUUGAGAAUAGACCGCGGCAGAUGAGUGUU